UUCAGUGAUAUAAGAAAUACUACGAUCUAAUUCGAUAAUGGAUUUUGCAAAAAUGAUUAUGUUUGUAUUUGCUGCAGCUACCAUAGUCUCCAUGGCAUCUGCUAUUUCUGGAACCGCCACUUACUACGGUCCUCUAGUUCCAUCAUCAUGCUACGGUUACCAAGACAAAGGCAAGAUGGUAGCAGCUGCAAAUCCAGCACUGUUCACCAUCGUUGAUGUCUGCCCUGGUUGCGCCGCCAACCAGAUCGAUCUCUCUGAGCAAGCUUUCAAAUCUAUUGCGGACCCUAACGCGGGAAAAAUCUGGAUUGAAUAUAGCCCGGGUUUGAAUUUAUGAGCUGGGAGUAGAAGAAUGCUUAUUUCAGUUACCAAUAAUAAGAUCUACUAAUACAUACUCAUAUAAUUUCCUCCCCAAUAAAGUAUGUUCCUGGUGAUAAUACAUUAGUAUGAAAUAACCUUUUGUGUUUAUUUUACUAGACUUGUUGAAUAAA